AUGGCGCAAGCGCCGCCUGGGCCGGGAGUAGCCUCCACGAACAUUGCACCAGCAGAGGAUUCGCCGCAUGUAGAUGCAAACGAAUGGGCGUUUGAGGAUAUUGAUGUGGACUCCGAUUCUGAGCCGGAGGUGAGAGACAUGGCGGAUGGUAGACCACAUGUAACCUUCUCUAAGGAGUUACAGAAGGAGUUGUGCAGUGCCUGGAAGAUGGCGCUAAUCCUUAAAUACUUGGGCAAAAACAUCCACUUCAAUGUGCUCAAUCAGCGUCUCCCCAACAUCUGGAAACUCCAGGGAAAGAUGACCCUCAUUGACAUCGGAUACGGUUGCUUCGUUGCCCGAUUCGACAACAAGAAUGACUAUCUCCAUGCCCUUCUCGACGGUCCGUGGAAGAUGUUCGACAAUUACCUUGUUACGCAACGUUGGGUGCCGGAGUUCAGAGCCCGAACAGCGAAGCUCUCCAAAAUGGCUGUCUGGGUGAGACUCCCCGACCUGCCGAUGGAAUAUUUCAGAGACGACACUAUACGGGCAAUCUUGGACAACGUUGGCAAACCCCUUAAGUUGGAUAGAACGACGACUAUUGCAUCGAAAGGUAGAUUCACCAGAGCGGCGGUUGAAGUGGAUUUAAAUAAACCCCUGGUCUCCGAAGUGUGGGUUGAAAAUUCGGUUCAAUUGGUUGAAUACGAGGGGCUGCAUGUUGUUUGUUUUAAUUGGGGUGUUGUUGGCCACCGUGAACAAAGCUGCCCCGAGAUUGUAUCAACACAGACGGCAACUCCUAACAUGGAGUCGAACGGGCCUCCCAUGCCCAAAUCAGAUGGUAAUCAACAAGCGACAGCCCCACCACCUGCUCCGUCGCAGACACCGAGCAAGAUGCGUUACGGGUCUUGGAUGUUGGGUCCCGACGCUUCUUCCGCACACCGAAACAGGUCCAACAAAUCUAAGUCGACAUCGGGCCCCACGCAGAGCAACAAAGGUAAGUCUCCUUUACCCAGUAACACCCCUCCCGCUAAUCCUCCGGCACAUCACAACGCUGCCACCCCGUCGCACAAUGGCAACGUACAGCCUCUUAUUCCGCCCUCUCGAGGCCGUGGAGGGCGUUCCAGUGCUCCUCGGGGGAAAGGUAGAGGCGUAGGGAGGGGUAGCCAUCCGGACCACACGCCUAAUGGCGUCAAUCCCACUGCUGCUGGCGGGAAUGGUCAGGCCGGUGUCCAGGGAGUCUUUCAUUUUGGAAAGUCUCCUUUUUCUUCCGGCAUUGGAACAGGUGAGUGCUCUAAUCCUGCGGGAUUGGGCAAUUCUUCUAGCGUUACGCAUGGGGAAGGCGGUGGCCAAACUUCCCCUGGAGUCAAUGGUUUGUCAUGA